AUGGCUUCUACUCUCGCCUUCCCUCAGCAGCAGCAGCAGCAGCCCCAGGGCCUGCCCAUCCAGUCCGUCAGCUCCUCCAACAUUGACAACAGUCUCCUCAGUGCUCUGGCAACCUAUGUCACCACCGGCAGUCACGCUCGCAGCACCACUGAGCAAGAGAUCCAGGAGCUUGCCUCUGCUGUUGUUGCCAAGCCUGGCGGCCGAGCUCACCUCGAGUCCCUCAUCCAAUUCGACUCCUGCCCCGAUCACCAGGUCUGGAAGAACCAGGCUUCUGCUAGCGGAACCAUCAACAUCACCAAGACUAACCUCUCCAUCGCUCUCGAAGUUGGCACUCUUGAGUUGAAGUUCUCUGCUUCUGGUGCUGGUUUCUAUGUCCCCUGGAGUGGUUCUCUGAACGCCGGUACCCUCUACUACAAUGAGUUCAGCCAGCUCACUCCCGGAAAUGCCACCUUCAAGCUUUGGGUCAAGGGUCUUGACUUCUAUGUUAGCAUCUACCGCAACCAGGUCUACAUCGGCAACUUCUUCUAUCCUAACAUUGGCUUUGUCUUCCCUCCUGGCACCAUCGAUCUCAACGGUACUAUUGCCUAA